AUGGACUCGAGGCGAGUCACUGACACCACCUCUGUCGUUGCACCGCAAUCCAGUACCAUUAAGGAGAAUGGAACACCUGCCAACUACCUACGGAAAAAAGAGUCGAAGAUUGCACGAGAUGAGGAGAGAGGGUUCACUUCCAAGUUUUCAUCUGUUGGGAGCGUGCUGGAAGGCAUGCCUUCGCUUGCGAGUAACAAGCUGUUGGGUGGUUUUAAUAAAUUACCCCGUAAGGAUCAGGCGGAAGUUUUAAAGAAGUUGGCGUCGUUGGAGAGGAUGGAUGUAGCGUUGGCUACGAACCAGGUGCCCUACUGGAUCAGCAAGUUUCCUGAUAGUUGGGUUGGAAGGAUCAUGCAAUACAACGCUUGGAUCUGGUCCAAGAAAACUCCCGAAUGGGUCAUGAAGGAAUAUCCGGCGUUCGCCAAAAGUUACGACCUGUUUUAUCACAAUCGAAUGACGAGGGGAUACAAGUACGCAUAG